UUCUUCCUGACCGCCGUGUGGUGCUUUGAUUUAUAUUUCAAUUAAAUGGUUCUUUUCGCUGUUGCAAGAUUGAUAUUUUUCUCCUGUUAUUAUUAAGAUUUUCGAUUGGUGCCUGGCCGUGGUCGCUUUUCAAAAAUGGAGCAGAUGACUUUAGACCCCCUGUAUUGGGCCCCGAUUACUCGUUUCACGCGCCUGCGAUAUCUGCUCAGUAUAUAUUUCACCAAGCUCAUUCUCACGACCGGUUUCUUACUUCGCAAACUGGUUAUCCGAUUUGGCGGAAAAUCAUUAUCAAGUGGUAAACCAACAUUAUCAAAGACCUACCCAUGCAGGCCAAAGCUCACGCACCGGGUUUUCUUCCCCAAAUCCUACGAGGCCGGAAAAUCCCUCCCCUUGUACAUUGAUGUCCACGGCGGAGGGUUCGCCUUCGGCGUCCCGGAGCACGACGACGAGUUCUGCCACUUCUUCUCCAAUCAUUUCAACCUCAUCGUCAUCAGCGUCAACUACUCCCUAGCGCCGCGGGUCGUCUUCCCCGUGCCCUCCCAGGACGUGGCUGCCGUUGUGGAGGCCAUCCUCGACGAUGACUCGCUCCCCAUCGAUCAGUCCCGCGUUGCCAUCGGUGGCUUCAGCGCCGGGGGUAACCUCGCCCUUUCCGCAAGUCAGUUCCCGGCUCUUCAGGGGAAGAUCAAGGCCGCCAUUGCGUGGUACGCCCCCGUUGACUGGAGCGUUGGUUAUGACUAUAAGUGCGCCUCGCGGCCGUACAAGAACGCUAAGGAUGUGGAUGGGUUGGCAGCGUUGGCGCCAAUCUUCAAUAACGUCUAUUUACCAACCGGCACGGACCAGAGAGACCCUCUACUCAGCGUGCUGUAUGCCGAUAGAAAGGUCCUGCCACCGUGGAUUUAUUCGAUCGGUGCCGAGUAUGAUAUGCUCUGUGAUGAGUCCAGGAGAAUGAUGGUAAAGCUAGCCGGCAUUGAGAAGCUUACGGAGAGUGAGAAAUACGCAUUCGAGAGGGAAGGAGGCAAGCUCCGGUGGACGAUGGUGAAAGAUGCGAAGCACAGCUUCACGCAUUGGUGGUUAAGGGCGCCGAAGGUAGCGGCAUUGAGGAAGCCAGUGGCGGAGGAAAUGUUCAUGGAAGCGGGGAAGUGGCUGACGGAGCAGGCUUUUGCGGAGUAAAGUUCAGUAACAGGUCCUAACUUUAACUUAAUAUAGAGAGACCUAAUGUAAUUAAUGAUGUACCAUAGAAACUAUUAGACCCGACG